GUUAAUAUCAGCUGUUUCUGACAUUAGUUUCCUGUUAAUGUCAGUGCGUUUAGUAAUGCAUUUAUUUUGUACUGUAAUUAUAUUCAAUUAAAUAUAUACAAAUAAAAAACUAAAUAAUUAAAUAAUGGCAACAAGAAAUUUAACUGAGCCGUUUGUGCUUAUGCGAAACAAUGCAUUGCAAACAAAACAUAUUUAUGCGGAACAGAAUUUAUCCGAUCGUAUGGCCUUAGUUAAUUCGGACAAUAGGUCGCCUGAUAGCGUAGAAUUAAAAGGAAUAAAUGGAAGCAAUUCGUCACCUCCAGCCUGGGCGGAUGCUCUCGAAGAAACUCAAUAUAUUUUAAGUCGUUUGAAAAUAAAAUUAGAUAGUUUAAUUGAAUUGCAUGGUCGACAUUUAACGCGACCAACUCUUGAUGAUACUUCUCAGGAAGAACGACAAAUGGAACAAUUGACUCGUGAAAUAGGGCGUGCAUUUUCUAGUGGUCAUCGACAAGUUCAAACAGUAAAAGCUGCAGCGAGACAUGAAACUCGUCAUGCAGAAAAACAAUUAGCUAUGAGUGCGGUUUUAGCACUUUCCUCUGCGCUACAAGACUUGGGAAUUCGAUAUAGGACUGCUCAGAAUAAUUACAUCCAACAGUUAAAUUCAAGAGAAGAGAGAAAUAGGCCAUUUUUUGGAGAAGAUAGAAUGUUACCUGACAUUUCAAUGGAUUCUUGGCCUGGAGAAUCACCGUCCAAUGAAAUAAAUGAUCAGUUCUGGCAGCCGAGACAGCAGCAAAAACAGGAAACUGUACUGUUGAUGCUCGAGGAUGCUGAAGAGUCGAUGAGGCAGGCAGUUGAAAGGGAACAAGAAGUGACACAUAUUGUUCAAAGUAUAGCUGAUCUCAAUCACAUAUUCAAGGAUUUAGCGACUAUGGUACACGAUCAAGGUAGCAUCCUCGACCGUAUCGAUUAUAAUAUUGAGCAUACUCAAGGUCAAGUUCACGAAGGAUACCAGCAAUUGAAAAAAGCUGACUCUUAUCAACGAGCUAAUCGUAAACUCUACUGUAUUUUUAUCCUCGCCGCGGCUAUUAUCCUUCUCAGUUUUCUAUUUGUUUUAUUUAAAACCUGAAUUUUACUGAUUCUUUUUAUCCUUCUAGUUAUUUUCUGUGCAAUUUGUACUCAAUAUUAAGGUACUUUUGUUUAUCGAGAUUUUUUUUUAUUUUUAUCUUUUAUUUAUUUCCACUUGAUAAUUUAUCAUGAAACAAUUAUCGUUGCCAUCAGUAUAAAUAACGAAAUUUGGUACUUUAUAAUAACAAGGUUCAAAGACGGUUUAUUACCGCUUACAAGACUGAGAUUACUUUUAUUUUCUCUUAUACGAUCAUGAAAUGUUGAUGUAAAAAAUGCUUAAAGACAUUGUACGUUAAGCAGUGUUAUUAUAAAAUUAAUUUGUAUAUUAUAUAAUUAAUUAUUAUUACUUAUAAAAAGACAAAAAAUUAUAACUAUGACUAUGACUAUGGUUGUUAUUAAAUGAUUAUUAACAAUGAUGAUGAAAUAGUGAAUGAAUUUAUUUAAAAAUAUCAACCAUCUUAAUAUCACAGGCUAUGUGGUGGUUAAUUUAAAUACAGAUAGUAUAUUUGUAUGAAUAAAUUAUUUUUUUUUUUUUUUUUAAUGAUUCACAUAAUAAUAAUAAUAGUAAUAUUUUUCAACAAUCGGACUGCUAUGAAUGUUGUCUAUACUAUUUAUAGUGGAUACCACUAGAAAUAAUGUGAAGUGCUAUAAAACACGUAAUCAAUAUUAGUAAUCAUUAUUAUAAAUUAUAAUCUAUACAUAUAUUUAUUCUUUGUACCCUAUUGUUUUAAACGCUUUAAAUUAGCAUUUACUAUUACAAGUGUUCUCUGCAUUUGUUAUUAAAUUUUAAGCAUAAUCACCUAUCAGAAGGCACCUGUAAAUAGGUUGUUGUUAUUACAAUUUAAUAUACAUAAAAAAGUAACUCAAAUUAAUAAAAGCUUUUAAGAUAAAUAUUUAAAAAAUUGAUUGAAUAAAUAUAUCCCGCAACCUACAGAACAUAUUUUUUAAAUUUCUUGAUAUUUUAUAAAAAAAUAGAUAAAUAUAUAUAUUAUGUCUACAUUUCGUAUAUCUUUAUAAAAAAAAUUAAUAACAACAAUAAUAAUAAUAAUAAUCUCUUGCCGAUGGUUUUAGUAAAAAUUUAUGAACUCUAGUCAUUUAUAAUGAACCCGGUCAUAUAUUAUAGAAAAAUACUAUGUAAAUAAAUAAUAAAAACGGUCAAGGAGGCACAAGAGUAAUCUUAUCAUUUGACAUUGCGUAGCACCAUUUCGGCGUCCUUGGUACGAUAGUAAUUUGCUUUAGCAAUAGAAAUGAAUUCUAACUGUAAUGGUAGUACCUGAGUCAAACUCAAUUAACUUACAUCGAACUUAUCAAAUUUAUUUAGAAUUAUUUAUAAAAUCAAAAUUCACAAGGAAUGUACCAGUAAGUUUUAGCUGAUUCUGAUAAAUAUAAAU